AUGGCUGUUAGUUGUUUUUCGCGUCGUUCCUCGCUUGGCUCCCUGCACUACUCUGGUCGCCGCUCUCAGCUUGGAAUAUCUAGAACUCUGAUAACACAGUCAAAUCGGAAACAAAAACAUAUCGAUAUGAAGUAUACGUUCGAGCCUGUUGUGGAGAAGCCGUCUUUUCCCAAGGAGGAGGAGAAGGUCCUCGCCUUCUGGGAUGAGAUUGACGCCUUUCACACGUCCAACAAGAUGAGUGAAGGCAAACCCGAGUAUGUUUUCUACGAUGGUCCCCCGUUCGCCACUGGCCUUCCUCAUUAUGGCCACAUCCUUGCUGGUACCAUCAAGGACGUCGUGACUCGGUACGCCCACCAGACCGGUCACCACGUUGAGAGAAGGUUUGGUUGGGACUGUCAUGGCCUUCCAGUGGAGCAUGAGAUCGAUAAGGACCACAACAUAGGUUCGAAGUCUGAUGUUAUGAAGUGGGGAAUUGCCAACUACAAUGAAGCAUGUCGGUCGAUCGUCACACGCUACACUAAGGAGUGGAGAGAGAUCGUUACACGAUUUGGAAGGUGGAUCGACUUUGACAAUGAUUACAAAACUAUGGAUCGCAAUUUCAUGGAGACCGUGUGGUGGGUAUUCAAGCAACUCUUCGACAAGGGCCUGGUCUAUAGAGCCUUCCGCGUUAUGCCUUAUUCGACUGCUCUUUGCACGCCCCUGUCGAAUUUUGAGGUUGCUCAAGGUUAUAAGGAUGUGAGUGAUCCCUCUAUCAUUGUGGCCUUCCCUCGCAAGGACAAGGAGAACUCGUACUUGCUCAUUUGGACUACCACACCUUGGACACUUCCUUCCAACCAGGCCAUCUCUGUGAACCCUAGUUUCAAGUACCUUAGAGUUAUCAAUAAGAAAAAUGGUGCUGAGUACAUCUUCGCCAAGGACAGAGCGGCUUGGGUAUACAAGUGCUUGAAGUUGAAUGAGAAGAAGGACGUUGAGGUUGAGGAGACCCUUCUUGGAACGGAACUUGUCGGGAUCCCCUAUGUGCCUCCGUUCGAUUUCUUCGUGAAACAUGAGCGUCCUGGCAAGACCUGGACUGUCCUUUCUGCUGACUACGUUACGGUUGAUAGUGGUACCGGACUUGUCCACCAGUCCCCUGGCUUUGGUGAGGACGAUUACCAGACCUGUGUGAAGAACGGUAUUAUAUCUAAGGAUGGCACUGAUAUGAACCUCCCUCUUGAUGAGUCGGGUCGCUUCACUGAGGAGGUACCACCAUACAAGGGAAUGCACGUGAAGGAAGCUGAUAAGUACAUCAAGGAAGAUAUGAAGAAACGCGGGCUACUGCUUCAUAAUGGCAUGGAGAUCCAUUCCUAUCCUCAUUGUUGGCGCUCGGACACUCCCCUGAUUUACCGUGCAAUCGGGUCGUGGUUCAUCAAGGUUGAAGAGGUCCGAGAUCAGUUGCUUGCUAACAACGAGAAGUCUACUUGGGUACCACGCCACGUCCAAGAGGGUCGAUUUAAGAACUGGUUGGCUGAUGCACGUGACUGGGGUGUGUCUAGGAAUAGAUACUGGGGUACUCCUAUCCCUAUUUGGGCCUCGGAUGACUACCAGGAAAUAGUCUGCAUAGGCAGUGUUGCUGAGCUGGAGGAGUACGCUGGCCAUCCUAUACCGGACAUUCACAGGCACUUCAUUGACGAUAUCAAGAUCCCUAGCAAGACGGGUCGUGGUUACCUCCAUAGGGUUGAUGAGGUUUUCGAUUGCUGGUUCGAGUCGGGGUCGAUGCCCUACGCCCAAGUCCAUUAUCCCUUCGAGAAUAAGGAGAAGUUCGAGGAGAACUUCCCUGCGGACUUCGUCGCUGAGGGCCUUGACCAGACUCGUGGUUGGUUCUAUACCAUGACUGUCAUCGCGACGCACCUCUUCAACCAGCCGGCCUUUAAGAACCUCAUUGUUAACGGACUGAUCCUGGCUGCUGAUGGUAAGAAGAUGUCUAAGCGCCUGAAGAACUACCCUGACCCGACGGAGGUAUUUGACCGUUAUGGAGCUGAUGCGGUUCGAAUGUACAUGUGCAACUCACCAGUUGUCCGUGCUGAGCCGCUGAAGUUCCGAGAGGAGGGUGUCCGGGACACCGUGAAGGAGGUUUUCCUACCCCUCUAUAACGCGUACAGGUUCCUGGUCCAAGAGACCUGCCGUUUCGAGAAGCAGGAGAAUACCAAAUUCGUCCCUGACCGAGCGUGCAUUCACAAGUCGACUAACCCCACGGACCACUGGAUAUACGCCACCUCACAGGAGCUCCUCAAGUACACUAGGACUGAGCUGGAGUCGUAUAGGUUGUAUACUAUUGUUGGCAAGUUGGUGUCAUUCUUGGACGACCUCACAAAUUGGUAUAUCCGGAUGAACCGCGACCGUAUGCGUGGUGGUGUCGAUAAGGAAAACACUUUGGAGAGUCUGAACACCCUCUACGAUGUUAUGCUCAACUUGACGAUCGUUCUGGCUCCCAUUACUCCCUUCAUCACUGAACAAAUUUACCAGAACUUGCGACUGGCUCUGCCCGAUGGAGAUUCUCGGAAGGAGAGGAGCGUCCACUUCGUUAUGAUGCCUGACCCCGACGUUCAAGGCCUCGACCCAGCUAUUGUGACUGCCCUCAACCGUGUGCAGACUGUUGUGACCAUGGGCCGUCUGUUGCGCGACCACCGUACGGUUGGUCUCAAGACGCCCCUCAGGCGUAUUCGGGUGAUUGCGGAGGACCAGUCUUACCUUGAUGAUAUUCACAGGCUGGAAAACUACGUCAAGGACGAGUUGAAUGUAAAGGA